AGCCAAGUAGAACUCGUUGUAGAGAAGAGUGUCGCCAUAGCAGCUCUCGUGCAAACCCCAUGGCGAGAGGUAAAAGCCCAAGUCCAAUCCACGCUCCCUGGCGGCCGUCACGAACUCGAUCGUCACGGCAUAUGCCGAAAGCGGGCAUCUUGAUAAAGCGCGAGAGAUUUUCGAAUUGGCUCCAGAGAAGAACGAGAUCUCUUGGAAUAUGAUGAUCACACUUUGCAUCCGCAGUGGAAAGAUAGCUUCUGCCAAGGAUUUGUUUGAUCGGAUGCCCGUGAAGACGAGCGUUGCGCAGACUGCCCUCGUCACAUCAUUGGCCAGGAAAGGGCAUUUGGAAGAAGCCGAGGCUUUGUUUGAGAACAUAAAGGAGGAGCGCGAUGUAGAGUCAUGGGCUUUUGGCUCUCGCUGUCUACAGACAACUCCAACCGAAAAGCAAAUGCAGGCAACUGCAUUUGAGGUGAAAAGGCUACUGAUUGCCGGAAAGCAGAAAGAGGCUUUACGGGCUGCUCAAGACGGGCAACUUUGGGGAUGUGCUCUUCUUAUGGCCCGGCAGCUGGGAGAGAAGGUACCUUGUCUUGUAGUUUUGAUGUAUAGACCGUUAGUGAUGGUCUUGUGGUUUCUUAUAGUUCUGCACCGACACUAUAGCGGAGAUGGCUCAACGUCAGUUUCAACCAGGGUUUCCCCUCUGGACUCUAACUCUUCUUUAUGCUGGUCAACAUGCCGGAGUGUUCGUAGGGAACACUAAUUUGUCGAACGUAACAGCGCUUCAACCUCAACCGGUUCCAGCGUCUGCUGUAGAUGGUGCAACACAGGUGAAAUACUUUUAUCAAGCUACUCUCUUGCUUAAGGAGUGCAUGUUGACUUGCAGGACGCAGUAGAAGGAAUGCUCGAAGAAUGGCUGGUCACACUUUGAUGUUUCUCAUAGUUUUAACUUGCAGAUAUGUGGAGCCCAUAUUUGCUAUCUUGUUGCAAAUGCUAGUUUUGAGCAUUUCUCCCCUUCUGCCAGACUUUGUCUUAUAGGUGCCGACUAUUGUAAGUAUCCACACACGUACGCUAGUCCAGAAGCUAUCCAGGUAAGCUGUGUUUGU